CUUCUCCCGUCGCAAACCUAGCCGCCGCAUCGUUCCCCUCCAGCUCUCUCUCCCUCUCUCGACGCUGGCCAUCGUAGCACGCCGCCUACAGCCGCUGCCGCCGCCGCCGUGCUCCUAUCCACUUCUCCCCUUUCAUCUCCUGUCGCCGAGAUCGUUGCCGCCGCGCUGCUCUCCCGUCGAGCUCGCCCCUCACCGUUGCUGGGAGGAGACGGUUGACCCUCUGAUUGUAUCGACGCCGACGAGUUCGGUGGGCACCGUGUCCUUCUACACCGUCACCGGCGCCGCCUCCUCGUGAGAUCCCCACCAUGGAUUUGUGGUGAUGUAGGAUCUGUGGUGAUGUAGAAGGGCAGCAGGGCAGCAGCCUCAACGCCACAGGUAACCGCUGAGGAUGUUUAAAAAGGACACCACCAAUAGCAGAGCACUCUAUUGCUGCAAUUAUAUGCAGCGUGUGUGUAUGAUGUUGUUGGGUUGUUGACAUGGCCCAUGGUCCAGUUGCGGCUCAUGCUCAAGGCACGGUCGAGGCUGGUGUUGGGUUGGUAGGUGGUCGUGGCCGUGGCCAUGGGCGUUCUGCUGGUCGUCGUGGACGAGCCACUGGCUGUGGAGGUUCUAAUAUAGGGCGUGCCCCUAUUUCUGAUAAUGUCGCUGCUUGCCGAGUGCCUGACGCUGGAGCUGAGCCUCUUGACAGGCGUAGGGGUGUGAGUCGGCGGGUGCCUGCUGCUGGAGCUGAGCCUAUCGCCAGGCGUGGGCGUGGCGCUCGGCAGGUGCCUGCCGCUGGGCGUGGCGCCAUGCCUCAACCAAGUGGUAGGGAGCCAAGUGGUAGCGGUGUUCGUGGCCAUGUCCCUGGUCGUGGUGCUGAUUCUGGGAAUGCAGCCGCUGCUGUUGUCCCUGGUGGGGCUGCUGGUCCUAGGUUCACCGCCGCUCCUAGGCGUGCGGCGGUCCCUGGGAUUGCUAGACGUUACGUGCCAUGUCAGCCUGUUGGGUGUCCUCCUCGAAGCCGUACAAGUGAUGGCUGGUUCCCUUUUCUGAGCUCGACCGUGGCUGCGGUAAAUCACAGAAAACGGAAAAUGUGCGUUGAGUUUCGGCGCACUCGAUAUGAAGAACAUGUCGUUGAUGGGCCUUUGCCGAAGGAUUGGCAUGGUUUCUCAGUUUAUGUGAGUUCGGAGGUGACUGGGGUAGACCGCAACAGACGGAAAAGACGGAAAGUGUCGAUUAAAUUGUGACGUCCUGGAUGCGAAGAGAUUGUUGUCCAAGGGCAUGUGCCAAAGGAUUGGCAAGGUUUCUCGGUCAAGUUUGCCGAGUCCCUUAAAGCUUGCUAUGCAGAUAGGUCGUACUACGGCCCUCCGGAUUUCUUGUGCCAAUAAUGUGGUGCCUCCUUUUGGUUUGCUGAGUGUUCAAAGUCCAGGUCAUCCUGGACACAACGUAAGAUGGUUUAUAAUCGCUGUUGUAAAGGCGCUAAGGUAUAUAUUCCUCCCUUUAAGGAUCCCCCUGCCUAUCUCCGUGAGCUCCUUCGAUUCGAUGGUACUUCUCGUGCUAAAAAAUUCAUCCGGACUAUACGUGAGUACAAGUGUAUGUUCGCUUUCACUUCGAUGGGUGCUACUAUUGAACGCUCGUUUGGUGGCAGCCGUGGACCUAAGAUUUUUAAGAUCAGUGGUCAAGUGUCUCAUCGUAUUGGUUCGUUGGUGCCUAGCGGUGAUGAUACACCUAAGUUUGCUGAGUUGUAUAUACAUGACCCAGCUAAUGAGAUUAGACAUAGGAUGAAUGCCUUAAAUCCAGAUGACAAGCCUACUGGGGGUGUGGAUGAGAGUAUUGUGGUUGGUCUUAGAGACAUGCUUAAUGAGUUUAACCCAUUGGUACAGACCUUUCGGGAGGCGAGUAAGAUGAUAGAGGAUCGUGGUGAUGAACCCAUCGAGGAUAUCUCGAUUCGUAUUAUUGGACCUUCAGAGGGCGAUAGUCCACAGUUUAGUUUGCCUACAACCACUGGGCUUGCUGCUUUAGUUGUCGGUGGUGGCUUCACGUUAGAGGCAUCUUCUCGGAUAUUGUUGUUCGCAGUUGUUCCGACGGUUUGCAGCAGAUAUCUUCUCUGAACACUACAUUCAUGCCUCUGCAAUACCCGUUGCUUUUCCCUUAUGGAGAGAGAGGGUUCCAGGUGGAUGUUCCUCACUUGAUUGUUCCUAAAGAAGAUGAUGACGAUGGACCUAUAGAUCCUAAUCCUGCACCUGGAAGUCCGACCGUUGAGGCGUCCUCUUCAUACCCUUCUGGGGGUGGUGAUGCUUCCACAAAUAGUUGGAAUAGGAUGACCAUGCAGGAUUACUAUCGUUUUAUGUGCCAUUACAAGGGUGAUCAGCCCAAUCCAUAUUUAUGUUAUGGUCUCCUCUCCUCCCAGUCGGUUGUUGAUGCACGUGCGUGCAUCGAUAAAAGUAGAUUGUGGUAUAUCAUAAGAAAUUAGGACAUGCUUAGAUCAGAGCACAUGCAGGGUAUUACUGAUGCGGUAGGUGAUGGGUGUGUUGAUGGUGAUGCUCUUGGGAAGAGGACCAUUGUACCUUCCAGUCACAUAGGCGGUCGUCGUUACUUCCAUGAAAAUUUCCAUGAUGGCCUUGCCGUUUGUCGGGUGCACGGUGCGCCUAACAUAUUUACCACUUUCACUUGCAAUCCCAAGUGGCCUGAGAUCACAAGUGCAUUGGAACCAGGUCAGAUGCCUUCUGAUAGGGCGGAUAUUGUUGUUAGGGUCUAUCACAUGAAGCUCACCGAGUACUUGGAUGAGAUUAAGUCAGGCCGGGCUUUUGGCCCCAUUACAGCUGUGUUGUAUACCGUUGAGUUCCAGAAGCGGGGACUGCCUCACGCGCAUAUACUUGUCUGGCGGAGAGGGGGUAACGGUGAGAUUGGUGUUGAAAAUAUCAAUUCAUUAAUAUCUGCUGAAAUACCUGAUGCAUUGCUUGAUCCUCUAGGAUAUGCUUUAGUUUCUGAGUUUAUGAUGCACGGUCCGUGUGGUGAAAUGAACGAUAAAUGUGUCUGCAUGAAAAAGGGUGUUUGUUCUAAAUAUUUCCCAAAAGAUUUUAGAGAUACCACUGUCAUUGAUGAUAAUGGGUUUGCCUUAUAUCGAUGUCGUGACGACGGUCGAAGGGUCUAUAAAAAUGGUCAUUACCUUGACAAUAGGCAUGUUGUUCCUUAUAAUAUGGCAAUGCUCAAGAAAUUUCAGGGACAUAUAAAUGUAGAGUGGUGUAAUAAGACACAGGUGAUGAAAUAUCUCUUUAAGUAUGUCAUCAAAGGUGCUGACUACUCUAAGGUCAUGUUAGAAAGGCUAAAAAAUUUGACUAAAUCUGGUUGUCGUACAGUAGAUGAGGUUCAGGAGUAUCUGAUAUGUCGGUAUAUAUGUGAGUAUGAUGCAUUGUGGCGCAUAUUUGGGUUUGAAAUACACUUUAAAAUGCCGUCGGUUCAAAGGUUGACCGUUCAUAUGCCUGGCAUGAAUACUAUCUACUAUCGUGCUGGUGCUGACCUCACGAAAAUUGUUGAUUCUGACUUCUUGCGAAAGACUAUGCUUACCGAAUGGUUUGUUGCGAAUGAGAUGUUCGAAGAUGCUCGUUCAUUAACUUAUUGCGAUUUUCCAACUGCUUGGACCUGGGACGCUAAAAGUAGGUCAUGGCAUCCAAGGGGUGGGGGUGAAAAGAUUGGCCACGUGUAUUAUGUACAUCCUUUGAGUGGUGAGUUGUAUUACUUGCGCAUGCUUUUGAUGAUUGUUAAGGGGGCUAGGUCUUUCGAAGAUCUUCGAACAUAUGAUGGUCGUCUUUAUCACACCUUUAAAGAGGCUUGUGCUGCGCGCGGUUUGUUAGGAGAUGAUAAUGAGUGGUACAUAGCGUUUGAUGAAGCGGUUGUUUGGGGGUUUGGGCAUCGACUUAGACAGCUAUUUGUGACUAUGCUCAUGCAUUGUUCUAUCAAGGACGAGAUGGGGUUCUUUGAACGUUACUGCGCUAGCAUGUACGAUGAUAUCCAACAUGGGUUGCGUCGUGCCCUGGGUAAUCUAAACUAUGUUGUUCCUCCUGAAAGAUUGAGAAAUAUGCUUCUUGAUGAGUUGGCUGACAUUUUCUUGAAACGUGGUUCUGAUAUAAGAAGUUUUAACUUGUCGUCUCGCUCUGGUAAAGGUGAGCAGUCUGAUGAUAAUCGUCUAAUUCAUGAGGAACUGUCUUAUGAUGCAUGUGCUCUGUCUAAACAGUCCUUGGUUAUGUUUGAUAGUUUAAAUGAGGACCAAUUGGUUGCUUAUAAGACGAUUGUAGAGUGUGUGCAGGCGGGGAGACCGGGCUUUUUUUUUUGUCUCUGGGUAUGGUGGUACUGGGAAGACAUACCUGUGGAGUGCAAUAUGUGCUUUCCUUAGGGGCGAGAGGAAGAUAGUGCUUACUGUUGCGUCGUCGGGCAUUGCGUCGCUGUUGUUGCCUGGUGGGAGGACUGCUCAUUCUCGCUUUAAGAUACCUAUUCUUCUUGAAGAUAAUACACAAUGUGAUAUUAAAAGAGGCUCUAAGCUUUGUAAGUUGUUGAUGGUAUCCUCGCUUGUUAUUUGGGACGAGGCGCUGAUGACACACAGGAAAUGCUUUGAGGCUGUAGAUAGAACUUUGCGUGAUGUCCUCUCUGUGGCUAAUCCAGAUCUUGCUGAUAUUCCGUUCGGUGGAGUAGUGAUGGUCUUGGGUGGUGACCUUAGACAAAUCUUACCGGUCGUUGAGGGAGGUACUAGGCCUCAGAUCAUUGAUGCGGCAAUCACGAAUUCUCCGCUAUGGCAUUCUGUUAAAAAAAUGUCGCUUCACAUGCGCUUGGGUGUGCAUGGUGCGGAUACCCAGGCACAAAAGGAUGUUGCCUUAUUUAGCAGAUGGGUGCUAGAUCUUGGGGAAGGGAAGUUGCCUGUCAUAAGGCGAGGUGAUGAGGUUGAGGCUUCUUGGAUACAGAUACCGGACGACCUCUUGGUUUGUACGUCUGGUGAUCCAAUAGCUGCUAUUGUUUCUUCUG